UGUUGAAAUCAAUGAAAAUUUGAUGUGCCGAAUUAGAACUAUCAAUAAAAAAAUGUAAAAAAUUUAAAAUAAUUUCGAGUUGAUAAUUAUACAUUUUAUAGUGCCAUUUAUCUAAUGGAUUACGAUACGUAUUCUCGGAAAGGAAGUAUAAUUAAAUAUAUUCCUGCCACGUUCUACGCAACGCGCAGACAUGUCCAUUAAGCGAACUCCAAAGGUCGAGGCCCUGGUUGUAAACGCUAUACGUAGGCUGCAAGAUGUGCAAGGUUCGACAUCGCGGGAAAUUAGUAACUAUAUUUCCCAAGAGUACAAUGUUCCUAGCGAGAUCAGGCGGCAGGUCCAAUUCGCUUUACGGCGCGGAUUAUCCUAUGGGAUUCUUAAGCGUUUAAAGGGAGGGUACUAUUCGUGCGAUCACGACUACCUCAGACAGUUCUCGUUAGGAAAUGGCACGGGUGACGGAGUGAUGGAACCUUGUCCAUCACAACCAUGGCGAUUCGGCGUGAGAAAAAGGAAGAGAGAGAAGGCGAGGAGAAGAAGGUACCAGAGGGAGAGGCGGGAGAGGGAGAGGAGAGAGAGGGAGAAGAAGAAGAGGGGGAGGAGAAGGAGAAGCACAACUAGGCGAAGAAGAGGAAGAAGUCGCCGCCGCAGACCGCGUAGAUCACGCGCCAGGAGGGGCAGACGUCCGACUACCUCUCGAAGACGUCGAAGGAGGAGAACACGGAGAAGAAGUAGAAGAGGAGUAAGAGCUAGAACACGCGCUAAUCCCAGCAGCGAGAUGCAAAUGGAGGCGACGUCUCCGGAACCGCUAAGAAACGACGCCGACAGAAAAGAAGAUCCUCAUAAGAGCGAAUCUUCCGUUUCCGUGCAUUCGAUCGAACGGCACUCGCAAAACUCUUCUCAAAACUCUCAAAUGUUAAAUACGUCCGACAUUUAGAAAUUAAUGAAAAAAAGAGAUGAUUUUUUUCAAGAAGUAGAAAUAAUGACCGCGUAUUCGGCGGAAUAUUUAAUUUACAAAUA